AUGCGAGAGAGAUCGACCGGGCGCACCGAGCUCGACUCACAGACCAGUGGAUCGUCAUUUUCACAAAAAACUGACGACAACUCAGUCUACAGUUUUCAAGACGACCUCUCGUAUCCAGUCGUUACCUCAUAUCCAGGGCAUCUUCAAGCACCAAUCGCGUCGGCGGGUGCUGCUGUCGGCCUCCUUCCGUUUCCAGAUGCUAAUCAUCGCACGAAAAGUCGCACUUCAUCUAACAUCCAGUUGCAAGAUAGGACUGAUAGCGGUCUUGCCUUUGGCGGUGACUAUGAGCACUAUACUAGAUUAGAUAAAUAUGGUCGAGCAUAUCAAAUCCCAGUCGAGAUUAAGUCGGGUUCGAAACAGGCCGAUGAUAGACGGAAACGGAACGCAGGCGCCUCGGCUCGUUUUCGCCAACGACGGAAAGCGAGAGAGAAGGAACUUGCAUCAAAAUUGGAUGCUGCCUCCAAAGAAGUAGAGGCUGCUCGGGCAACCAUAGAGGAUCUCAAAUGCCGUUUGGACCAGGCGCUGGAGGACAAAGAAUUCUGUCGACAAAAGUCAGCCACCUUAGAAAUUCGAGAAAUGACCAGAGUCACAAAAGACAUCUAG